AUGGUGAGAGGCAUACAUUUGGCUUGGAUUGUCGUACUCAGCAUUGCCACUACAUCAGUUCAUUGCCAAUAUUACUCUCAAAGUAGACCAUAUGAACCAGUGAAGCUGCAAAAAACUCAACUCCAUUUCUUCCUCCACGACACACUCAGUGGGAAUAAACCCACGGCGGUGAUGGUGGCGAGUGCAAAUACUACCGGAAAACCGAACGAUCCGACCCCUUUCGGCACCACAUUCGCCAUUGAUGAUCCUCUAACAGUAGGUCCAGAGAUUACUUCUAAAGUCAUUGGCAAUGCACAAGGGCUGUAUCUAUCUUCUAGCCAAGAUAAGAAUUUGACCCUGGUUAUGUACGUUGAUCUAGGUUUCACGAGUGGUAAAUUUAAAGGGAGUUCUCUAAGUGUGUUUUCGAGGAACCCGGUGACGGAGGGCGAUCGAGAAAUGGCGGUGGUUGGUGGAAGAGGAAAGUUUAGGUUUGCAAGAGGGUUUAUUAAGGUUAAGACAAAUUACCUUAAUAUUACAAAUGGUGAUGCUGUUCUUGAGUACAAGGUUACAGUUGUUCAUCCAUGA